AUGGCUAUAUGCACUGUAUGCGGCGCCGACGGCAGGAAAAACGUUACCGAUUCUACACUUGUUAGCUGGGAGUGCCCGAAGAACCAGGACUCCCCCUGCGAACCAUGCUUGAAGAUUUCGGAGCUCGAGUUGAGGAUUCAGCAAACCAAAUCCUUACUCGUCCAGCUCGUGGAAGAACGGCGCAGCCUUCAGACCCAUAGGAACCGUGAACAUGAUCCGAUGGGUAAACUUCCGCCAGAAAUCGUCUCAAGCAUCUUCACGUUCUGUGGAGCUCCUCCGCGCUCAUCUCGGAUAAAGACUUUUGGGAUAUGGAAACUUAGCCUUUUCUCCCAAGUAUUAGGCCGUGUUUGUAGGAGAUGGCGUGAAAUCGCGCAGGCUACGCCUCAACUCUGGACAAAUAUCACCCUUUCUCUGGAGACUGCGAAAGCGAAUUGGCAAACAGAGAGGACGAAAGAACGUAUAUCACGCUCGGGACACCUCCCUCUUUCAAUCUCCCUGUUCAUGUCGAAUUCAGGAACUUCACCUUUUGACCCGCACCCCUUCCACACCCUCAUCGAUCUCCUUAACGGCAAUUCAUGGCGUUGGAGAGACAUAUCUGCCUCCAUUCCCUAUUCUUUACUCUCGCGCCUUCGACCCGACAAGCAUGGUAUCCCUAUGCUGACCGAUAUGACCAUACGUGCCUGUGAUUGUCGCAUCGUGCGCCAGGCAUUUCCCUUCGACUUCGGGCCCAUCACCCCGUCUCUCGUUUCCGUCGAUUUCUGCGCUUUCUUCUUUGCUUCCAUAGUAAUCAGCUGGCGUACCGUGGUCCGGGUUCAUCUGGGUACACUAUCCGUUGGUGAAUUCUUCGAACUGUUUCAACAGGGGCCCAACAUAACUGAAUGCAAUAUUGAUUCUAUUACCGGCGGUGACGAGGAACAUCUCAAUCCCAGCGACGAGCUUAUUCAUUGCUCUCUUCGACAGCUGGCGUUGGGUUCGGAGGGCGAUGUAUCAGGCAUGCACCUAUCGAAAUUAUUGGUACCAUCUCUUCAAUCUUUGAAUUAUAACGAGGGCAGAGCCAGCGUUCUCCGAGCUGUCCUGGCACCCUCCUCUUCCCUGAUAUCGCUCAGCAUUAAGGAUGUUGCAGGUACCGAAGAGGAGAUUUUGGAGAUUUUGCAUAUGACGCCGAGCCUUGAAAGGCUGAGGGUUUACCAAUGCCCGCUAGCCAAUCAGUUCUUGCAUACCUUGGCUGCCACUACCAUAUGCCAUAGGGAUGAUGAAGGCCAACGCGUUUUUUUGCCAUCUCUCAAAGACUUGAUAUGGGAUGAUGUCUCGCAGCGCCUCUCCUGGCACCUGAUACCCUUGCUUUUCCCCUCUGGCCCACUUUCGUCAACAGGUCAUCAGCGACCCUUGAAAAGGGUUGAAAUCGCGGUUUCUGAUCUGGAAGACGACGACUACAUUGAAGAGGAAGUUCUCAAAGAAAUUCUCGGGAUCCUUAAGCGCGGAAUCGAGCUUGUUAUCACCAACGCCGCAGAUGACGACCUCAUCGCUCAUUCUCAAGAAUAUUAUGAAUCACUCGACUCGCGAGAGGGAACCGACCAGUCUGAGGAGACUUGA